GGCCUCACUCUGGGUCACGUGGGACUAAUCGUUGUCACGGCAACCAUAAACUAACAGAGCGCACUGAGCAUCUUCAGGUCUUUACUAGUGAAGACACACAGAACCAUGUCUGAUGCGGAAUCUGAUGAGUUUGGUGAUGAGGGCAGUAAACUGGGGGAAUAUGAAGGGGACAGGAAUGAAGCAGGAGAGAGACACGGAGUCGGUAAAGCUCUUCUGGUCAACGGAGACAUGUAUCAGGGACAGUACGAGACCGGCAAGAGACACGGACAGGGGACAUAUCACUUCCAGAAUGGGGCAAGAUAUGUGGGACAGUAUUACGAGAACAUGAAACAUGGACAGGGCACCUUCUACUAUCCAGAUGGCUCUCGGUAUGAAGGGUCGUGGGUGGAGGACCUGAGACAGGGUCAUGGAGUCUACACUUACCCCAAUGGAGACACGUAUGAUGGAGAGUGGCUGCAUCAUAUGAGGGAUGGCCAGGGCGUCUACCACUACCAUGAAACGGGCUCAAAGUACAAGGGCUCAUGGAUGAAUGGCAAGCUGGAGUCAUCUGGAGAGUACAUCCACUCUAGCCACAGAUACAAGGGUAACUUUGUCAACAAUAACCCGUACGGCCUGGGGAAGUAUGUGUUCGACAUUGGGUGUGAGCAGCACGGUGAAUACCGCCACGCAGAGCAGGACCAAGCUGAGGGUGAGUGGGGCGAGUUGGCCUCCACCGCCGUUCUCAAUUGGAUUCCCAAGAGUGUCACCGGCCUGACUCCAGACAAAGACACUUCAGGUGGGGAACAGGAAACGGCUUUAGAAGAGGAGAGAGCAGAGGACUGACUGUUUGAUCGAUCCACAAUCCUGCAUCUUUUAACCGAAGUUUACAUAACAUAAAUAUAUUCAUACAUAUGUCAAUAAAUCUGUUAAGCUUGUG